AUGCGGCUUCCGCGGUUGUCAACAACAAUACUGUGGUUAGCAUUAUUGACAAUAAAUGGUAAGCAUUUCCUUUUAAAAUUUUCAAUUGCUAUCUAAAUCGCGAUCUUCUAUAUUUACAUUACUUCAUGUGUAAAUAAACCGAUAGAUGUAAUCGCAGUUUAGAAGCCGUGAAAGCAGCUUUCCGCAAAGAGGGAUAAGGUCAAAAGUGAAUUGAAACUAGUUUUUGAAUUGACAAAACAAACACAUUAAAUUUUAAAAGGUUUUUGAAUUUCGAAAAAAUUGAAAAUGAAAAAAAAAUUUAGAUUUAAAAUUUUUUUUUUAUUUUAAGGUUUUAAAAAUUGUUAUACAUAAACUAAUAUUUUAAGUAAGUGCUGACACAAACUCAUUGGACGAAGAGUUUUCGGCCGAACCAACCGCUCUUCCCUUCCAACCAGUAACAGAAGAAGAGCCAGAAGAUACGACAGUAAUCGUAGUAGAACCAACAACUACUGAAUCUACUACAACAACAACUACUAAAGCCACAACAACGACCGCAACUUCAACAACAAAGACAGCGACGGAAAAAUCUGCAGAAACAGCUACACAACUGUCGAAUGCUGACAGAGAAAAGACUUGAUCAAGAACACGGAUGCUCCUGGAGUAUGUGCUGACAAACACGACCUGUGCAAGUUCUGGUCCUCGAUUGGAGAAUGUGAGAGCAACAAGGAUUGGAUGGCGAUCAACUGCAAAAUAUCUUGUGACAAGUGCAAUGGUAAGGUUUGCUUUAAACUUGUAGGUGUAUUAAGGGAACUAGGGAUGAGAUACGGACUGUGUAGGCCCGACAUGGUUUAGCCCGGCACUAGGAUAAAGCCAAAAAGCUUUCAGCCAAAGUCCAAACGGGUCAAGCUUAAAAAAUUUGGCUUGCGAUUAUAGGACUAUGAAAGUAAGGUCGAGUUAAAAAUUAUAUAAAAAGAAUUAUUUGAAAAAAUUUUAAUUUAUUUUUUUAAUAAUUUAAAGCUUUUAAAACUAUUUUUUCUAUAUCUCUGCUAAAAAUUGUAAUUUCUGGUAAAAAAUUUUUAAAUGACUACAAUUUUAGACUUUUUAAUUAAAAAGUUCUUAAUUGUGAGUAAUUUCUAAGACUUUUUAAAAACCGAAAUUAAAAACUUUGAAAAACUAAAAAACUAACUUUUUAAAGCACCCGAACGUUCUGUGUGGGCCGUUUUUGUCCUUUGUCAACUAAAGUUUAUUGUUAUAGGGUCGACCAUCUGCAUUGAUCGGCAUCGUUUGUGUUCGUUCUGGGCCUCGAUUAAUGAAUGUGAGACGAACAAAGUGUGGAUGUUGGUGCAUUGUGCCAAGUCCUGUAAAUCUUGCAAAGGAGACGUUGUCAACAACAGGAAUGGAGAGUUUGAAAAAGAAGAUUGUACUUUUAUCGCUACUAACGAGGGUACGGUAUUUUGAAGUUUCACUGUAGAAAAAAGUUAGAAUUAAAGCUUUUUUAAGAGAAUGUUCAAUAUAGAACUCCUGUAUACAAACUCUAUAUAACAAAGACUUCUUAUAACAAACAAAUUUCAAUUUUUUGAGAAGUUUGUUAUAUAGGUCUAUAGUACCAAAUUUCACUAAUAAAAAGCUUUUACUUACAGAUACCACCUUCCGCCGUGCCUUGUCAAUCAACGAUGUACGUUCAAGCAAUGCCAACUUUGGUUGUGUCCCUGAACUUGGCCCUACCAACUGUAAACGCAACUUGUGUUUCCAUUUGAGAUUCCGCUCCUUCGAUGGGUCCUGUAACAAUCUGGACGAGCCAAUGAAAGGCGCUGCCUUCCGACCGCUGCGACGCUUCAAGGACCCUAUUUACGACGAUGAAGUGUCGGCUCCUGUCUGUAAGUUAUCUCAACUUUGGUGAGGUUUAGAUAGUAACAGAGGAAGGCAUUUGAAAAACAUUGGCGUUCUGUCUCAAAAAAUUUUUUUUGCAAAAGCGUUGAAAAUCAGGAAGUUUCAAUUAGGGGAGAGAAAGUUGUCGGCCUUGAGGACUGCAAAUGUAGGCCCAUGGUUAAAAAUUUUAAAAAAUUGAAAAAAUUUUUUGUUUUUAUCUUCAUUAAUGCUUCUUGAUUUACAAGAAAAACGCGAAACCAAUUUUUUUUAAAGUUAAAAUUUUAUAAAACGGGCCAAGUCUAGUACUGUUUGAAAGGUUAAGCGGUCUGAGAAAAAAUGAAAGUGACCCGGCCUAAACCUCAAACCAUGGGCCUCUAAAGUAACUUUGAUUCCGUUUCUUACCCCUAAUUUUAAUAAAAAAUAUUUUUUUUCAAAAAACAUGUGUAGGCCUAUCUCAAUUUGAACUUAUCAAUGACUUUAUCCAAAUAAAAAUGACUACCAAUUUGAGACCCACCCGCUCAGGUAUUUUACAAAAAAACGAGUAUUGAAAUGAAUAUCGAUAUUGCUUUUUUAAGCAAUCGUUUUAUGAGGAUAUUCUGUGGUUUUUUAAGUGUCGUUACUUCAGGUAAAAUUGCGCGAUUUGAUUCCAAUAAGAUUUACAUGGUCUAAUCGCAUUGUAAAGCGUGGAUGAGUUUCGGAUUUAAGAAAAAAUGUAUAAAAUUGCGACAUAUAGGAAAAAUGAUGGUUUUUGAAUGAUUGCCAUUGGUAAUGUUAUAUAACUUGUUUUUUAUAACAGUACGCGGUAAUUAAAACAAUAAAAGCCCGGUGAGUAAGACAGUAAAGAGGCGGAAAAAAGACGGUUAGAUCAAAAGAAUAGUUAGGGCUUACGGUAUUAUAUAAUGGAGCUACAGUAUGUAAAUCAUUAUAUUUAUAACAAAAAAAGUUUAGUUUUUGAGAAUAGUUUUUGAUUUUUGGCUAUUUUUGGUAUGAGCAAGGUAAUUUCGAUUAAAAAAAGGUAGUAAAAUUAAAUAUAUCAUUUUUAUCUCUACUAUAAAAUAAGUAACUUAAUUAUUAUAACAUUUUCAGCCUCUCUAAACAAACUACGUCCAACCUCACGCGAAGCCUCAAGAUUGAUGUUAUCAUCUAGCGCCGAACUUAACGGAAAAUCCAACGCCCUUUUGAUGCAAUGGGGCCAGUUUAUGGCCCAUGACAUGGCCAAGACAACUAUGUUGAACAACCAAGAAUGUGCUUCUUGUACUCCACAAGGCGGUCGAUGUUUCUCCGUUUUGUUGAGUCGAUUUGACCCAACUUUUGGCCGCUUCCAAUGUCUACCAGUUGCUCGUUCAACUCCAGUUUGUGGAACCGGACAGGACCGUUUUCGUGAACAGUACAACGAAAACACAGCCUUUAUUGAUGGGUCGGCCGUGUACGGUUCUUCCAACCGUGAUCAGUUCCUUUUCCGUCAAGGUGGAUUCUUGAAGACCAAUAUUAUCAAGGGGCGAGUUUUUCCACCAGUGGAUGGUGCUCAGAACAUCAUUGCGGGUGAUGACCGUGCCAAUAUUUUUGUUGGUUUGGCCGCUCUUCACACUUUGUGGGUUAGAGAACACAACCGUGUAGCCACUAUUCUCCAAAACCUCAACGAACAUUGGGAUCAGGACCGUAUCUUCCAUGAAACUCGUCGUAUCGUAUCAUCGUUGAUACAGAAGAUCACUUACGACGAAUACUUGCCAAGAGUUUUGGGAAAAACAGGAUUCAAGAAGUUGAUUGGCAAGUACGAAGGCUACAAUCCAAAGGUGACUCCUGAAAUUAACAACGAGUUCACUGGAUGUGCUUUCCGUUUUGGGCACGGUAUGAUUCAGGAGUUCUACCCGUUCUUAGACGAAAGCUACGAUCAAGUUGGAGGUAUUCCGUUCAACGAGGGCAUGUUCAAGAGUAUUCACAUUAUCAAUCAUGGCAUUGAUCCUUUGGUCAGAGGUGAGAUGUUGAAAGUGCUUUUAAAAUUUUUAAAAAUUAAAUUUGAAAUGAAGUUUAAAGAUAGAUUUUGUAUUUUUAAAAUGAAAUUUAGUUUUUUUAAUACAAUACCUAAAGCAAAAUUCCAGGUUUGAUGACAUUACCUUCAAAAAUGCCUCAACGACUUACCCCAGCCGUCACGGAGCGAAUUUUUGGCAACUCUGACCUGGGAUCCAUCAACAUUCAACGAGGACGUGAUCACGGUAUUCCAGGCUACGUUGAGUGGAGAAAGUUCUGUGGAAUGCCUGAGGUUCACUCGUUCGAUGACCUUAACACAACCAUCUCGAACUCGAUCGUUCGUCAGAAUCUGGAGACUUUGUACAAAGACGUGAGACUGAUAGACAUGUAUGUAGGCUCAUUGUUGGAAGACCCGAUGCCUGAGGCUUUGGUUGGACCUACCCUUGGUUGUGUCAUCGGGAAACAGUUCAAAAACUUGAGGGAUGGGGAUCGGUAAGGUUUUAAAGAAUUUAAAAAUAUAAAAACACAAAUUCAAGUUCAAAUUUGAAAAAAUAUAAUUGUAGGUUCUACUGGGAAAACGAAGAGAUAAUGCGUCCAGAACAGAUCAAACAGAUCCGUCGUGUCACAAUGGCACGAGUCUUGUGUGACUCUUCAGAUGGCAUGAAGUCGGUGCCUCGAAAAGCCUUCGAUCAAGUCAAGGAGCCAUCUCAACUUAUGGACUGCGAGCUGGUCGAUGGACCCAAUUACAGAGGGGCUUGGAAAGAAGAUUUGUAA